GGAGCUGAAUGCUGAUUAAGUGUCAUUUAUGACCACAUGGUAAACAGCCGCAUGAAAGAGGAAGCAGAUAAAGUUGAGGCUACAGACAGAACAGAUCUGGCUUGAGUCUUGACAUUUCCUCACACACCAUAACUUCUUGGAAAUAGGACUACAGAAUUCACUGAACACUUAAGAGGAGACUAGAUAUAGCAGUCAGUCCACAUAAUGCGGGCCCAGGAUGGUCUAGAUCUGGAAGGUUAAUUACUGAGACCCACCUGCUGACCCUUGCCCAUGUUCUUCUGCUCCAGGGGACCUGUCCUCCUGCGCUCCCCAGGAAACAUGCUUAUCUUCUGGAUAUCUUGUGGAUCACUUCUCCCUCUCCUGGUCCUCUGCUAUAAUGGAAAAGGCCGCUGCACAAUCCAGGAGAACAAACAAUAUCAUGUGUCCCCUGUGCUUGAGUCCCUGCGGUGCUACAAUGACUACAGCUCCUACGUCCGCUGUAGCUGGGAAGAGAGUCCACACGCGUCCUCACAAGCCCUGUUAGCCCUAUACUACUGGGACGACACUGAGAACAGUGAGUCCCCAUGUAAACCCUAUGGUCAGCCAGCAUUGAAUGCCAAAAACGGCAAGCUCGCUGCCCAGUGUCAGUACAACACUCGUGACUUUGGCAUCAAUACCAACCAUGUCUUCUUCUUCAAGACCUCCUGUCCCCCUGCCAUGCUUCUGUCUAAGAAUUUGAGGGUGCGUCCACCAGUCCAUUUAUCACAGCAGCCUGUAGAGAGAGGGGGCCGUUUGCUCAGCUGGGAAAGCCCCUACCCCCCAACGUCCCUCCUGACCCCCACUCUCAACUAUCAGGUCAACUACAGGAGGUCUAACCAGGAUGACUGGACAGUAGUGAAGGUUCAAGACACCCAGCUGAGUUUGGAGCCUGAAGCUCAGGUGCCUGGCUGCCAGUAUGAGGCCAAGGUUAGGGCAAAGGGGAAGACGGGACUGUGGAGUGAGUGGAGCUCUCUAGUGACCUGGAUGACUGAGGACGACCCUGUGCCAGGCCCCUCCAGUGCGCAGUGUGUGGUGGAUGACGAGAAAGUGGUGACAUGCAGCUGGGAGGUGAAGAGAGACCUGGCUCAGUUCCUUACCUUCCAUCUGUCCUGCAAACGCAACCACACUGCACCAGCCCAGAAAUGCUGUGUUAACACCAUGGUCAGCGCUCCGUCUAGGGGUCCAAUGCUCAAAUACAGCUGCUCCUUCCCUGUCCCAGACUCAGAACAGCUAGAGGUGGAGCUCAUCCCCACAUGCAACAGCAAAACGUUUAAAACACAUAAAAACAUUCGUCCAAACCGUCCACUCCACGUGCAGAUAGAAGCGAGAGAUGGGAACUGGAUUCUAAAAUGGAAUCCGCCAAAAUCAAAUUUUGAACUCACCUAUCAGGUGCACUAUUGGAGUAAUGACACUCAGGAGGAUACUAGGUUCCUCAAUGUCUCCCAGGGGUCCCUCUCACUCUCCAUCCUGGGGGGGUCCCUGCGCCCCUCUGAGUGCUACCUGGUUAAGGUGAGAGCCCUGGUGGUCCCGGGAAGGGGUGAUACUUUCGAAGGACCCCCCUCCGAAUGGACCGACCCAGUGGAGUGGACCUCACAACCAGCUUCCUGGUCCAUCACCACCUUCUUCUACGUCUUCAUCAGUGUACUGGUGGCCAUUGUCUUCAUCACUCUCUAUGUUACCAUACCAGCCUGUCACAGGAGGCUAGUCUUGUGGGAGGUGUCUGUCCCGUCACCCCUUAAGAGCAAGGCACUGGGAGAGGUCAUUAAGAAGUCUCCUGAUAGGUUGUUAUUUCCCGAGAGUGAGAGAAGUGAAAAUACCUACAUCUGCAGCGUACAGACACUGGAGAGCAGGGAGGAUAUCAGGCUCUGCUUUAGCUGCUCUUUAGAUAAUCCAUUGUGGUUGACCCCAGAUGUAAAGGCUAAUGAACUGUUCCAUUCCAUUACCAAGGAGGAGUGGAAGAAGUAUGACCCAAACUUUUCCUCAAUACUUCUGUUGUCUGUGGACAGAUCUUGCCCUCCUGCUCUAGACUCAUCCGGAUUCAGCUUCAGUGGCCCUUACAUCUUGUGUGGUGACAGUUCACCGGCGCCGAGUGAGUUUCUGAGUCUGGAGCCUCCCUGUGAGGAGUCCGACAACACUCUCUCUAACUCUGACCCCUCUUCUCCCUCCUCCUCGGAGAGGUCUGCCCCAUCCCCCUUGGAGUCGAGUGAGGGCUAUGUGGCGAUGCCUCAGGUCAGUGCUGGCUUGUCCAGAUCAACAACGGACGACAGUAAGAACAUUGGUAACAACAACAGCAACAAUGUCGUCAUCAUGGCAUGGCCCAAGUCAGAGCUCCUCCCACCCCAACCUAGCUCUAUGUCCACCUGCUCACCACCCAGUGAGAAUGAAGACCCUCCUCCAGCGUACAUGCCCACCACCACCACCCCCUUCACCUUGCCCCCAGUGGACCCUACCCUACAUACCUCUGGGUACUGCUUCCUCCCGGCUCUACAGGCACUUGGGGGCUGGGGCCAUGUGCAGUCUUCUGGGCCACCUAAAGGGGGUAGUCAAGAGCAGCAGGCAGGGAGGAGAGAGAGGAGGCAGGAGGAGCAGUGCAAGGAGGAUCCCUAUGUCAGACUGUCCCAGCUAGCCACUUAGCUAACCCCAUCUAAUGCUGGAAUAGAUGCUCAGGACAUGAGGGCCUCUAUAGGCCACUGUUCUCAAUAUUUGAUCCAUUCUAACACUAACACACCUGACUCAACUAAUCACAAGAGCUUGAUUAUUAGUUGGGCUAGUUCAAUCAGGUGUGUUAGUGUUGGAAUGGACCACGUGUAAAACUAGUGAUUUGUGGUCACCGAAGACUGGGUUGAGAUUGAGAAACACUUCUAUUUCUAGGAGGGAAAACUGUGGCGCCUCAUACAAUAGCCUCCCUUGAUUACUCACAAUGCCCAGCAGAUGGCAGCACUGUACUUACUAUGUAUCUGUUGAACUCAGAGGUGGCCUAUGGAUUCUACUGUAAGGACUAACUACAAACACAGAAGCAUAGUGCAGUAAGCCAUUCCUCUCUGGGUGGUAAGGUGACUCAGGGCCAGAAUCCCAGGUUUCCACCACAUCACAUGGAUGGUACAUGUGUAACAGGGUGGCACUGUUGAGUUGGUGAGCGCAGCCUUAAGCCUCUGUCAGUGCCGGUGGCUGUUCCUGUCGUUCUACAGCAGGGGUCGGCCCACGGGCUGCAAAGUGUUGUGGUACAGAAUCAAAUCAAAUGUAAUUUGUCACAAGUUCCGUAAACAACAGGUGUAGACUUACAGUGAAAUGCUUAAUUUACAGGCCCUUCCCAACAAUGCAGAAAGAAAAAUAUAGAAAGAAAAUAACACGAGGAAUAAAUACACAAUGAGUAACGAUAACUUGGCUAUAUACACAGGGUACCAGCACUGAGUUGAUGUGCAAGGGUAUUAGGUAAUUGAGGUAGAUAUGUACAUAUAUGUAGGGGUAAAGUGACAAGGCAACAGGAUAGAUAAUAAACAGUAGCAACAGUGUUAGUGCAAAGAGGGUCAAUGCAGAUAGUCUGGUUAGCUAUUUGGUUAACUAUUUAGUAGUCUUAUGGUUUGGGGGUAGAAGCUGUUCAGGAUCCUGUUGGUUCCAGACCUGGUACAUUGUUACCGCUUGCCAUGCGGUAGCAGAGAGAACAGUCUGUGACUUGGGUGGAUGGAGUCUUUGACAAAUGUUUUCCUCUGACGCUGCCUGGUAUAGAGGUCCUGGAUGGCAGGACCAUACGCACUACCCUCUGUAGCGCCUUGCAGUCGGAUGCCAAGCAGUGAUGCUACCAGUCAAGAUGCCUUUAAUGGUGCAUCUGUAGAACAUUGAGGAUCUGAGGGCCCAUGCCAAAUAUUUUCAGCCUCCUGAGGGGGAAGAGGCAUUGUCAUACCUUCUUCACAAAUGUCUGGGUGGACAAUGUUUAUUCCUUAGUGAUGUGGAACUAAGGAACGUGAAGCUCUCAUCGCGCUCCACUACAGCCCCAUCGAUGUGGAUAGGGGUGUGCUUGGCCCUCCGUAUCCUGUAGUCCACGAUCAGCUCCUUUGUCUUGUUGAUGUUAAGGGAGAGGUUGUUGUCCUGGCACCACACUGCCAGAUCACUGACCUCCUCUCUAUAGGUGGUCUAAGCAGCCUUAAUGAUGGCGUUGGACUUGUGCGCAGCCAAGCAGUCGUGGGUGAACAGGGAGUACAGGAGGGGACUAAGCAUGCACCCCUGAGGGGCUCACGUGUUGAGGGUCAGCGUGGAAAACUUUUUGCUUCCUUGGUUAAAUGUGAGGACACAUUUCAAAAAUCGAGGGGAAAGAUAUGACAGGGUGGAACUGUUGAGUUGGUGAAUGCAGCCUUUUUUAUGUCCUGUGAUAGGGAAUCAGUACGAGCUAGAGCUUCCAAGGAACAUGUAUGCCUGGAGCUGAAGAUUAAAUUAUGGUGUCAAAUAUUUUUGGGUUGUUCACUAUACCUCUGCCUAUUAUUCCCAUGCUCCACUCCCUGAUGUUAGAGAACCUGUGUGUUUCAGAUUAGUCCCGAGGACCUCCCCUCGCGUAUAGAAAUGUGCCGUACUAUCGACUACAGGAAUAGGUAGAUAUAUGUAAAUCCCUGUGUUACACAUCAGAAGAGGGCACACAGUAGUGAAGGCUGAGUCCCAAAUGCCUCCUUAUUCACUAUGGAGGGAAUAGGGUGCCAUUUGGGACUCAGACUUAGUGUAUCCUCCUCUGAAAGGUUGUCAUAGCGGGGAUAGUUAGGAGAGACCGGGGAUGGUUGUAACACAGGACAGUUGUAACACUCUCAAUAUCUCUAAUCAGGAACAAGUCAGAAUCAUGUGACUCACUGUGCACUAUUUAUUGUGAAGAAGCAAGACCCUGUGAUAGACUGGCGAUUUUAUUGGAAAAAAUAUGAUUUUGAGGUAAGAAAUGAAACAAAUUGACCAAAUGUAUUUUGCAGAUAGCAUUGUCGUUCAUCAAACUUAUCAGGUUUAUAACCAGUGUGUUAUUAUAUUAUAUAUUAUAUGUACACUAUCAAUGCUAAAGUUUGAUCAUGUGGCUAAAAAUUUAAGAUAGCUCAUGGCUGCAAGGGUCAGGGUUAGCCUAAGGAGGUCUGGGUGCUGGGCAUGCAAAUUGCCACAGGAGGAAUGCUGCCAGACAUUUUGGUGCUGCAGAAAGCUCAGCACACCUCAAAUCCAGUGGUUAUGAGGUCAAAUCCCAGGUGGAGUUAUAUUUUAGAUGAACAGCUUACCACUUACUUUAAAAUCACCAUACCAUUACUUUAUUAUAAUGGUUUGGGAUCAUCUGGGACCAUCGUGACGUCCUGACGACCGGUAGAACAAGUGUCUUGAGAACAUCCACUUGCUUAAUCUAUAGUAUGUCACUUUUGUUUUGAGCCAACUUCGCCGUGGGCGUUUAGCGGGGCACCUGGUUCACGCCCGGGAGGCAGCCCGGUUCCAAACCAAAUGCAAUGACUUUUUAACCAGGGCAAACUCCUGCCGGGGCAACCUGUGUCAGAUAAUCAAAUGUCCCUUCCAUGUCUCACAUGCUCACGUUGUCACAUUUUAUCACAUUAACUUCACGUUAACACGUGUUCACUUGUGGAAUUCAUUAGUUUUUUUUUUUUACAUAAGGGACACCACAUUCAGUUGUUUAGUCCAGAUGUUGUUGUUUAGUCCGGAUGUUGUUGUAGUGGUUGAGAAGGGCCAGUUAAUGGAACGUAAAAAAAUAAUACACAUUUUAUGAUUUUUAUUAUUAUUUUAUUAUUUCUGCUGCACAAAAUGUUACCCUCUAUGGGAUCGGUGUCCCCCCCCCCCCACAGGACGGUUGAGCUAAUGUGAUUAGCAUGACAUUUUAAGUAGCAAGAACAUUUCCCAGGACAUAGACAUAUCUGAUAUGGGCAGAAAGUUUAAAUUAUUGUUAAUCUAACUGCACUGUCCAAUUUACAGUAGCUGUUACAGUGAAAUGUUCUUUCAUUGUAUUAUCUUUUACCAGAUCUAAUGUGUUAUAUUCUCCUACAUUAAUUUCACAUUUCCACAAACUUCAAAGUGUUUCAUUUCAAAUGGUAUCAAGAAUAUACAUAUCUUGCUUCAGGUCCUGAGCUACAGGCAGUUAGAUUUGGGUAUGUCAUUUUAGGCGAAAAUUGAAAAAAAAGGGUCCGAUCCUUAAGGGGACGUGGCAAUGUUGUUCUCAUGGUCUCAGUAAGGUUUUUAAUAUUUCGUUGCAUAUCAUGAUUUCUGCAUUUUUUUAAACUGUUACAUUUCACCCCAGGCCCUGUUACAACUGACCUGGGAGGUGACAUAAAUUGUAGCAUUUUACUCCUUGUCUGUUUGAUUUAGAGAGAUAACACCUAUACCUAUUGGUAGCAGAUAGAUGGAAGCCGUUCCUAUCACAUUUUGAAUGUAGCAGCUCAAACAAUCUCUGAGAAAUUGACAAAAAUGCUAAAAGUGUUAGAACCAUCCCCAGUCUCCCCAAAGUUAUGAAUUCUUCACCAGCACAGAGCAAAUGUUAGUCUUUGGCACACUAUAUAUGCCCUGUUCAUCUGGUGCCCUUAACUUUGUGUUAACGAUUUGUCAGUCCUAUUUAUUUCUGAAAUAUUCAAUAUAAUAUACAUUUUAUAUUAUGCUUUAUAUGAGAUAUGAUAAGUAGUUUGAUAUAUGAAAAAUUGUGCCAAUUGUUUUCCUGUAUUUCCUGUAUUUUGUGCUGUAGGCCUAUUUCUAGGCGAUCAUAAAAAUAGAUUAUGUUGUGAAACAAGCUUUCUGUCACACUUUCCUUCCCCAAAUGCUCCAUUCAGGUAAAGAAAAAUGUCCCCAGAUGGAUGUGCUAUGAUGACCCCCCCUGUGUUUUUUCUGUAUAGCGAUUCUCAUUGUGCCUAUCCUAAUAUUAUCAGGUUAAUAUCAGAGGUUAAUGUAUACAUUUAUUAUUAUUUAAGAAUAAAAUGACUAUGGCUUUG